AUGACAGGUGCAGCAGCUUCAACAGGUAAAAACGAUGAGAAGAAACACGUUAUCUUCCCAUGGAAGAGAAUGGUUGCCGGUGCGGUUGCCGGUACUGCCGAUGUCUGGGCAUGUCAUCCAUUGGAUCGUAUCAAGACACAACUACAAAACAACCCAGGAAAGUCAAUCUUUGGAACCUUCCAAGAUGUCGUCUCCAAAGGAAAGGGUUUCACAGGCGGUGUCUACGCACUCUACGAAGGUAUCCUCCCAAUGACUGCCGAGGCAAUCUUCAAGGUCGGUAUCCGUUAUUUCGCAUUCUCCUGGUUCACCGAGGAGUACAACCAGCGUUACAACAACGGACGUCCACCAAAAGAUCCAUUCUUCCUCAAUUUGGCCGGUGGUGCCUUUGCCGGAACCGUAGAGUCGUUCCUCGUCGUCAUUCCAUGCGAGUUGCUCAAGGUACGUCACAUGACCCAGGAACACAGUCGUUCGUUCGGUAUGGUGUUCAAGGACGUCAUUCGUGAGGAGGGAUUCCGUGGACUCUACAAGGGUGGUAGUGCCACACUGUUGCGUCAGAUUACCAAUCACAUGAUUCGUUUCCCAGUGUUUUACGGUAUCACCGAUUAUCUCAAGGGUGGAGAUCACCACAAGCAACUUCCAGUCAUCCAAAACUUGACUGCCGGUGCUUUGGCCGGUACUGCCUCCACACUCUUCAACAAUCCAUUAGACACAAUCAAGACCCGUAUGCAAAAGCAAGGUCAAAACCAAACCUCAAUGCAAGUGAUUCGUGGAAUUUACGCUGAUGGUGGUGCUCGUGCUUUCUGGGCUGGUUGUGUCCCACGUAUCCUUAGAGUUGCUCCAGGUCAAGCUAUUACAUGGGCUGUUGUAGAAUGGGUAACUGGAUUAUUAAAUAAAUUUUAA